AUCAGUCAUCAAGAAUAUUAGUUGCUCUCACGAAUGAAGAAGUAAUAUAGAGUUCCUAAUAUGGCUAGCGAUAAAAAAUCAGGAAAAUCUUCAAAAGGUACGAAGUCUACUACAGAAAUAUUAUCUGAAUUUCAAAUACUUCGUAAUGAACAAAGAGCAAUGGCUAAUAAAUUGUCAGAAAUGGAAAUGGAACUAAAUGAACAUAAAAUUGUUAUAGAUACAUUAAAAAAUAUAGAUCCUAAAAGAAAAUGCUAUAGAAUGACUGGAGGUGUUUUAUGUGAACGUACUGUAGAAGAUGUAAUGCCAGCAUUGAUAACAAAUAAAGAACAGUUAAUUAAAGUCAUAGAUACCUUAAAUGAUCAGUUGACAAAAAAAGGAAUUGAAAUAAAUGAAUUCAAAGAGAAGCAUAAUAUUAGAAUUAGAGGACAACAGGAUGUACAACAACGACAAGGUGAAGAUAAAGAUUCCAAAGAAGCAAAAAGAAGUGCCGUAGUUGUUAAUUCAUUAUUAAAUAAUUAUUCAUAAAGUCAAAAUUUUCUAUCUACAAUAUUUCUUAUGUUUAUAAUUAAAUCAUAUUAAUUUACAUUAUUUAUUGAAUAAGAUAAUAUUUGAAAUGUAUAA